AUGAAGAGUUUGUUCUAUCUCAAAUUGCUCCUCUGGGUUGUGCUAUUGUCUUUAUGCCUUCUUAUGGCACACCGGAAAACCAAAGUUGCCGACAAAUUUCGUGCACUGCGUUCAAGAAUACAAUUACGUUUUAAUAGACAUAUACGUUUAAAUGAUUCCUUUGCUGAUGACCUAGAAAACGGUCUCCAUUCCAGGAAUUUCGAUAUUAUCUCGGAGAAUAGCAACGACGUAAGAGGUGGUUUGGAUGAUGUCUCCAAGAAUGAGAUUAAACAAAUUAUGGAAAACGAUAAUGUAGAUUUCGAUAAGGCUAGACUAUUAUAUAUGGAAAGAAAGUUCGGCCAAAAUGGUAUUGCCCCCGAUGGAACCCCUAUUGAUCCAAAAGCAUUCACCUUUGAUAGUAGGUAA